AUGCCUCCCCGCCUCAAUCUAUUCACAGCCCGCAAGGCGGCUGCGGCUCUCCGCCAGCCUACCGUCUCCUCCAUUACCGCACGCAACGUCGCUGGACCGCUCCGAUUCCGCGCCGAGCAGUCCGCUCCCGUCCAAAAAAGAUGGAGUUCCUCCAAGGAUGACAAGAAGGUCAACCCGAUCGACGAGCAGAAGUUCCCGACGCAGGACCCUCUGCCCCAUGUCAGCCAAGAGGCCGCUGAAGUCGACAGGAUUAUGAGCAAGGAGAAGAGCUGUGAUGGACAACCGACCGCGCCUGAGCUGGAGCAAGGCUCCCCGGUCUCGGAGAUCCUUUCGCGCGACAAGGAGGCCAUGAAGCACAUGCCCAAGGUUAUGCAGGACCAAUUCAAGAAGAACAAGCGUUCGUUUUCGACCUCCGCCCGCAGCCAUACGCCCGAUAUGCACAGCUCGCAAGCAAACGACGAGGCGUCUGCUGCCAUGCUUGCUAGCAUGAUCCAAGGUGUGGAGGAGCAGGCUUCCGAGCGGAUCCCGGGGCUCAAGUUCGGGAAACCCGAGGCGCCGCGGGGCACCAUAAACUUUCGCAAGCGCUACGAUACGAUGCAGGACCAGUUCACCAAGAUGCUGAUGCAAGAUGGCAAGCUGGCCCGCGCCCAAAAGCAGAAGGGUAUUGCUGGUGGUGGUACUGCCGUGCAGGUCCCCCACCCCCUGACCCUUCGUCAGCGCCGUCGCACUGCUAUUAAAUGGAUCAUUGAUGGUUCAGAGAAGCGCCGCGAUGCCCAGCUGGCUCACCGCGUUGCGAAUGAGCUGAUUGCUAUCGCUGAAGGUCGUAGCGGUGUGUGGGACCGGAGAGAUGGACAGCACAAGAUUGUGCAACCCACGAAGCCGGCCCAGCUGACCACCCACUAUCUGCCUCGCCCCGCAACACCUCCUCAUUUCCUCGAUCGGACCCCUCUCCUCUCAUCUGCGCAAUUGCUCGCUCUUGGCCGAUUCCCAUCCGGCCCUCCAACGACGGUGGCUCCCUCCCCGGGUCACGAAUCCUUCGAGCUCGCCGAUUUCAACACCGCAACCGGAUCAGUAGCAGGAGCUUCUCGUACAGCAUCUGCGCGCACACAACGAUCACAACGUGCUUCGCGGCCGCUUAAGCCAGCUGUCAAUUCACAAUCACUUGCGGGAUUUCGACCCCGGCCCGACAGAGACUGGGAGAAGACUGUUGCCUCCGACCAGCGCCCGCGGGCUCCCCGCUCUUCUCGACUUAGGUUCUGGGCUGAAGCCCUUCGACGCCGGGCUCACCUCGCUGGCCGCGGACAGGCGGACGUUGACCCCGAGACCGCUGCCAAAAUGAAAUUUUCGCACAGCAUCCAGUUCAAUGCGGUGCCAGAUUGGAGCUCGAAUUAUAUCGCGUAUAGCAAUCUCAAGAAAUUGAUCUAUACCCUUGAGAAACAAGUGAACCGCCCCGAUGAGCCAACUGCUCCCGAUGUCGAGUCCGCUCCGCUGCUAUCCGGUUCACAAGUGCAUAACCCGGAUGGUAUCUUCAAGCACGCCCUCGAUGCGGAACUGGAUAAGAUCUGUACCUUCUUCCAGUCGAAACAAGAAGAGAUAUUCGAACUAACAAACGAGUUGAUGCACGAUGCGACGUCCUAUAUAUCGGAGACUGAUGGCGUCAACAUGGACCCUGUGAGCGAGAGUGUGGUCAAGGCACGAACCAUGAGUACCAACUCCCGGCCCGGAACUGGCUAUGGCCAAAAACUGCGCCGGCAGUCCAGCGCUGCAAGUGAGGACGCUGAUGACAGUGACGACGAACACUACCCACCAGUGCUCAAUUCACGCAACAGAUUGAUGCAGUCGACCGAUGAAGAGACCACAACGGAAGAUCGCGCCGCUGACUUGGCGGACUCUGCUUUCUUUGGGCUGGGAAGCAGUCGAGGGCCCCAGGACUCCGACUUGAGUGACCAAGCUUUCCUCGAUCUAUAUAACACUGGAGUCUCGUUGAAGAAACGUCUAGUCGAGGCUUACGUUUCUCUAUGCGGGCUUCGAUCAUUCAUCGAGCUGAACAAGACUGGUUUCUCAAAAGCUUUGAAGAAGUAUGACAAGACACUGUUUAGGAGCAUGCGUCGAGAAUAUCUCAAUUCAGUCGUCGCGCCAGCAUUGCCGUUCACCGAGUCCACUAUGGCAGCCGUGGACAGCAAUAUUGACAAGGUGGAAGGCGCGUAUGCCGACAUCGUCACCAAAGGUAGUCGAGCCUUGGCUAGCCGGGAAUUGCGCCUUCACCUCCGUGAGCAUGUUGUCUGGGAGCGAAACACGGUUUGGCGUGAGAUGAUCGAGAUCGAACGUCGUGCACAGGCUGCCAAUGUGGGUAUCCGGCACACUCUUCUGGGAGGCGAUGAAGAUCCAGCCACGGCGCGACGCCAGGGUGACAAGCAGGAGAUUCACACAAAGGAAAUUGGUACUCCUCUGGGACGCAUUCAAUUUCCCUUGUGGCUUUGCAGUCUGAGCUUCGGCACUCUGAUAUUCAGUAUUGCCAUCUUCGGUGCUUUGCUUGCCACUCCAUUGAUGGAGACUCCAGAACAACAGAACUGUCUUGCAAUGCUGGUACUUGUCAGCAUUCUGUGGGCCACAGAGGCAAUUCCUCUGUUCGUCACUUCGCUUCUCAUUCCAUUCUUGGUCGUUGUUCUGGGUAUCAUGCGGUCCGAAGCCAAGCCGCACAAACGACUUGGUCCGAAAGAAGCUGUCGGCCAGGUAUUUUCGGCCAUGUGGACUCCCGUUAUCAUGCUUCUCCUUGGCGGCUUCACCAUUGCGGCGGCUCUGUCCAAGUACGAUAUUGCCCGACGCAUGGCCAUGUUCGUUCUCAGCAAAGCUGGCUCCAAGCCCAAGAUCGUCCUAUUGACCAACAUGUUCGUGAGUAUGUUCCUGAGCAUGUGGAUCAGUAACGUGGCAUCCCCUGUGCUCUGCUACUCCAUCAUCCAGCCCUUGCUGCGCAAUCUGUCACCGGAUUCGAACUUUGCGAAGGCGCUUGUACUCGGAAUUGCUCUUGCGGCCAACGUCGGUGGAGCUGCGUCGCCAAUUGCAUCCCCGCAAAACAUCAUUGCUUUGCAAAACAUGUACCCCAGCAUCAGUUGGGGUACCUGGUUCUUCGUCUCGCUGCCUAUUUGUAUCAUAUCCAUUCUGUUGAUUUGGGGCUUGCUCCUGGCGACCUUCCACCCGGGACGCAACACCACCAUCAUUCCCAUGCGUCCCGUCAAGGAUCGGUUCACCGGAAUACAGUACUUCAUCAGCGCUGUGACUGUCGGCACUAUUAUUCUUUGGUGUGUGAGUCACCAGCUUGAACAUGUCUUUGGUGAUAUGGGCGUCAUCGCUAUCAUUCCUCUCGUGCUGUUCUUCGGAACUGGAAUUCUGAACAAAGAGGAUUUCAAUAACUUCCUGUGGACAAUCAUCAUUCUUGCCGCGGGUGGCCUGUGUCUCGGGAAGGCCGUCACUUCGUCCGGUCUGCUUCAUACCAUUGCUGGAAGCAUCACCGACCGCGUCGAACAUCUCAGUCUGUAUAGCGUGCUUCUCGUGUUUUCUGCACUAAUUCUCGUGAUUGCGACCUUCAUCUCGCACACGGUCGCCGCCUUAAUCAUCCUACCUCUCGUCCGCCAGAUCGGCGUCAACAUGGAGAACCCUCACCCUAAUUUGCUGGUGAUGGCAAGUGCAUUGAUGUGCUCCGUUGCCAUGGCGCUCCCAACGAGCGGAUUCCCAAAUAUGACUGCCAUCAUGACUGAAGUCCCGACAACCGGUCAACGAUACCUUCAAGUCCGCCACUUCCUCACUCGCGGUACCCCGUCGAGUCUGAUGGCGUUUGUGGUGAUUGUGACCAUCGGUUACGGCUUGAUGUAUAUCGCGGGACUUUAG